AUCUGUGAUCGGUAGCGCGUCGAUUCGGCCAUUCUUGAUCUGAUCUGCAUCUCUUCGAUGUAAUGACGCAUGGCCCUGGCCGAUGGAAAGACCCCGAGCGGCAAGCACACACUGUCCCUACCGCGUUCACCAUCAACACCAGAGAGUCCAGAGGCAGUAGUAGCUUCAUCACACCACUCUAGGCUUUGCACGAUGCAUAAUUGCAGAGCUUUACGCGAGGUGCAUCCGCAUCCUAGGUGACUGAUUCCAAUCGUGUACCGGGAGAGACACCCUGUUGCUGUCUCCGGAUCGCCUUUCUCCUUCCGUCCUUUUGCCAACACACACAGCCCCUAUUCACGUUCCAUUCUUAUCUUUAAGCAUCCCCACUUUUCCUCCCCUUUCCACCCCCGCCCGUCCUUGCUAAGUGCUAACCCACCGGAGUGUCACUUCCCUUCUCAAGCCCUCUCGUCUCGUCAGUUGCCUGCGCGAUCAUGAUCUGAGUGGUAGUCGACCCAGGAGCGUGAGCUGCCGGUGAUCGGGGAGAGACCGGCGAUGGCGGGCGGUGGCAGCCGCAGCUCCCUGCUGCGCGGCUUCCUGUCCCUCUUCUUCGUCAUGUUCCUCCACAUUGGCCACGCCGCUUGCUGCUUCUCGCCUGGCUCUGCCUCGCAGCAGCACGAGGAAGACGCCGCCGAUGCCGACGGGAAGGGCACCGGCGUUGGCAGUAGCAGCAGCAUCAUCAAGAGGAGGAAGAUAUCGCCGCUCGCGUUCUCCCCUGCCGCGUCAUCCUCUACCGUUGCCGUUGAAGAGAGGAGCAGAGCCAGGCGCAGCCGCCGGCACGUGUCGUCUCUCGCCAGCAACCUCCGCUGCUACCUCCACCGCAUCUUCUCCUCCGGACCCAACAAUAACGCUGGUCAGCCGGCGGGUGAGGAAGAAGAUGCGGCCACGCUCACGACCACCAUGUCAUCGCCGCUCCCUCAGCCGUCGUCCAUGACCAUGACGCCGCAGCGCCACCAAGCGGCAACGUCGUCGGUAGUGUUGUCCAUGCCGUCGUCGCCGUGUGGGCCGUCAUCGCCGUUCCUGUACUCCCAGUCCCCGAUGUCGCCGCGGUCCCUGAGCGUGACCCCUCCCGUGCCGUGCUCCCCGGCGAGGCGGCUGUCAAGAUCGUUCGCGGCCCGCGGCGACCUUUUCCCCUGCAAGUCGUGCGGCGAGGUGCUGAGCAAGCCGCAGCAGCUGGAGCUCCACCGGGCGACGAAGCACGGAUCCCUGUCGGAGCUCUCCAGCCUCGACUCCAGCACCAACAUCAUCCGCAUGAUCUUCCUCGCCGGCUGGAAGCAGAGCCCGCCGUCGCCCCCCGCCGUCGCCGUCCGGCGCGUCCUCAGGAUCCACCACAACCCGCGCGCGCUCGCCCGCUUCGAGGAGUACCGCGACCUCGUCCGCGCCCGCGCCGCCCGACGACGCUCCUCCGCAGUGCUAGGGGCGGAGGAGGAGGAGCGGUGUAUCGCGGACGGCAACGAGAGGCUGCGGUUCCACUGCGCCACGGCGCUCUGCUCGCAGCUGGGGUCCGGCGGCGGGGGCGGGGGCGUGUGCGGGAGCCCCUACUGCUGCGCGUGCACCAUCCUCCGGCACGGGUUCGGCGGGAAGCAGGCCGACGUGGACGGCAUCGCGACGUAUUCCUCCGGGUGGGCCGCGCACGCGUCGCUGCCGGACGAAGUGGAGCGCGAGUUCGCCUUCCUGCAGGUGCGCCGCGCCAUGCUCGUGUGCCGCGUCGUGGCCGGGCGUGUCGUCCGCGGUGCCGCCGCGGGCGAUGACGACAAGGUGGCCUACGACUCCAUGGUGCCGGUGGCGGCCGAUGGCGGGGGAAGACGGGGAGAGGGCGACGCGGAUCAGCUGCUGGUGUUCAACCCGCGGGCCGUGCUCCCGUGCUUCGUCAUCAUGUACAGCAGCUAGCCGUGCCCGUACGUACGUGGCGCCCGCAUGGCACAUGCAUGGUCUACUCUUGCUCUGCUACUGCUAGUGUAUAGCCGUUUCUCCCUUUUGGUUGCAUCUUGGCUCUUCGUUAGGUACACAGGUUGCUAUGGCCAUUCUCAGUCGGAGUCAUCUUCACCGGCCAGUCAGUCGGUUACUCGAUCACCGUGGCUACCGUGAUCCGUUGGGAGGGGCGGCGAUCGACCUCAGCUUUUUGGCCGGACUCGGCAGUGGCACCGCGCGUUGUGGUAGGUGCCUCAAAUCCUCAAUCGAGCACUUGUUGUUGGUGUGGUGAUCGAUGUUGCCACGAUGUCAAGUCGAUCGAGCCGCAUUAUACUACUACCAUGUAUACGCCGCGCCAUGGUGACAAAGUUUAUGUCGUGUGGUUACCGCUUUUGUGGCUGUUAUCGUUGUCGUUGGUCAUGUCUCAUGUCUCAACUGUCACUGAACUGAAUGGCGCAUGCAUGUUCUUCUUUGU